GAAAAAGAUGCUAUACCCAUUGCCCACAUCACUUUUCAAUAGGAAGAGAGAGAAUACAAGCAAUUAAGUAAUUAACUAUUUCGAGCUCAACCAUAAAUUAUAGCAGCGUAGAUGCACAGAGCAUAUUUGUAAGAGGUUGGGUUUUUGGUGAGCUGUUUAUGUCUUGCAGCCUUUUAUUUUCUUCAAUUUUCUUGUUCCCCUCAUAUAUUGUUUAUUUCACCAUAUCUCUAUAUUAAUAUUAUUAUUCCAUCCACAUGGCCCUGUGUCCCAUCACAAUAAAUCCCCGUUACCCCUCUUUCUCGCUCCGUUCUUACCCUCAGAAAUGUUGCAUCACUGUGUAAAAUCAUGAGCCACCACAGCGUUGGUCUCCUCUUUCAACCUCUGAUUAUUGCGUUCGCUCUUCUCCUCACUGUUAACAAAUGCAAUGGCUUAAGCAGAGACGGUGUUCUGUUGCUUUCUUUCAAGUACGCAGUGCUGAACGACCCUCUUUACACGCUUGCAAAUUGGAACUACAGCGACGAAACUCCGUGUUCCUGGAGGGGAGUUUCAUGUUCAACCGUUGCAGGUGAAACCAAUGGUACCCAAAAUCGCGUGACUUCGUUGUCGCUACCGAAUUCUCAGCUUCUGGGUUCGAUUCCUUCCGAUCUGGGUUCCAUUGAGCACCUUGAAAUUCUCGACCUUUCUAACAACUCUCUCAAUGGGUCUCUUCCUUCUUCGCUUUCCCAAGCGUCCCAGCUUCGGUUCCUGAACCUGUCUAACAACUUGAUUACAGGGGAGGUUCCGGAAUCCUUAACGCAGCUUCGGAAUCUUGGGUUUCUUAAUCUCUCCGACAAUGCCUUGGCGGGAAAAGUACCUGAUAAUUUGUCGAACAUGCAAAACCUAACUGUUGCAUCAUUGAAGAACAAUUACUUGUCCGGUUUUCUUCCCAGCGGGCUGCGAAGAUUGCAGUUUUUGGAUCUGUCUUCGAACUUGCUGAACGGGACUCUGCCUCUAGAUUUCGGUGGUGAUAUCAUGCUUUACUUGAACAUCUCUUACAACAGAUUUUUUGGGAAAAUUCCACCGGAAUUCGCGGAGAAAAUUCCCAGCAAUGCCACUGUUGACAUCUCCUUCAAUAACCUCACCGGCCAGGUUCCCGAUUCUGCUGUGCUGUUGAAUCAGAAUCCCAAGUCCUUCACCGGUAACGCUGAUCUAUGUGGAGAAGCAACUAAGAAUCCGUGUCCCAUUCCUUCUUCGCCGUCAUCUGAACCUAAAGCGUCUUCUCCUCCUGCAAUUGCUGCUAUGCCAAAGACGUUUGAUUCUCCAAUGGCACCAAAUGGAUCUUCGAAGCAAAAACAAAGUGGUCUCAGACGAGGAACGGUUAUCGGCAUCGUGGUGGGAGAUAUUGUUGGCAUUGGAAUUUUAGCUACCAUCUUCGUGUACGUUUACAGGUUGAAGAGAAAGAAGGACGUAGAGAGUGAAAUAAAACACGAAGCAGCCAUAGCAAAGAGUGAAAGUUCAUCUUCAACCUCAGAGUCAAGAGGAUUUACGAGGUGGUCGUGUCUGAGAAAAAGAGCUGAAGAAGAAGAAUUCUCAGAAUCAACAAACUCUUCUGACAGUGAUGUAGAAGGUGGUGCACAUGAGGGGCAAAACGAGAAGGGCAACGAAAAUCAAAGACAAGGACAAGACAAAACGGGAACUUUGGUUACUGUUGAUGGUGAACGAGAGCUUGAAGUGGAAACGCUUCUUAAGGCUUCGGCGUAUAUACUGGGUGCCACUGGCUCCAGCAUAAUGUACAAGGCUGUGCUCGAGGAUGGAACUUCGUUGGCGGUUCGGAGAAUCGGGGAGAGUGGCGUGGAGCGAUUCAAGGACUUCGAAAACCAGGUUCGGGUCAUAGCUAAACUGGUCCACCCCAACCUGGUUCGCGUUCGUGGAUUCUAUUGGGGACUUGACGAGAAACUCAUCAUCUAUGAUUUCGUUCCAAAUGGUUGCCUUGCCAAUGUUCGUUACAGGAAGGUGGGCUCCUCGCCGAGUCAUUUACCGUGGGAAAUUAGGCUCAAGAUAGCGAAAGGGGUGGCACGUGGCCUUGCGUAUCUCCACGAGAAGAAGCACGUGCAUGGAAAUUUGAAGCCUAGCAAUGUUCUGUUGGGGAACGACAUGGAGCCCAAGAUUGGAGACUUCGGGCUCGAGAGAAUUGUGACGGGGGAUACUAGUUAUAAGGCUGGAGGAUCAGCGCGUAUUUUUGGGAGCAAGAGAUCCACCGCCUCAAGAGAUAGUUUCCAAGAUAUUACAUUUGGGCCCAGCCCAAGCCCGAGCCCCAGCUCAAUAAGUGGUGUAUCUCCUUACCAUGCUCCGGAGUCGCUCAGGAACCUGAAGCCUCACCCCAAGUGGGAUGUCUACUCUUUCGGGGUCAUGUUUCUUGAGCUUCUCACGGGGAAGAUUGUGAUUUUGGAUGACGUGGGCCAAGGGCCUGGGCUUUUGGUUGAGGAUAAGAACCGGGCCUUGCGGAUGGUUGACGUGGCUAUUCGUGCUGACAUGGAGGGUAAGGAGGAGGCCUUGUUGGCUUACUUCAAGUUAGGGUAUAGUUGUGUGUCUAGUGUUCCAACGAAAAGGCCCCCAAUGAAAGAGGUACUACAAGCUCUUGAAAAGGUCUCAUCCUCAUCGUUAUCCUCGUAUUAUUAUAGCCUCUGAAGCUGUGAUUUGCCACCCUCGUUUUGUAGAAAGAAAAAAAAAUUGUAUUUAUAUUGACUAAUAGGCUUUUGUGUUUGAUUCAAUGUCGUGUGAUGUAAUGGUGCAAAGUCCAUUGACUUUCUCUUUGUUAAUUCAUUUGCUAAUUU